AUGCAGAUCACUCCGUCUGAGUACGGUGGAUUGGUCGCUCCGCCACCAGGACAAAUUCUCCCUCGGAACCAAGUUCCAAGGUCAUGGAGGGUGUUGACUGUUUUCUCGGGUGUUCUUCUACUUGUCGGGUAUGCGGUCAAGCUACCUAGAAUAUCAGCGGCUAAUCAGAUCUUUUACAGAUAUCUCAUGCUAGCGAUCGUCUUUGGAAACUCAAACGAAAGUACCCACAUCAAUGAAUACAUCACCAAAACAAUCGCUCUUUUGUUCAUUGGCAUAGCACAUUUCUCAUCGAUCGGAAUCGCUUUCUUUUACCGACACCAGCAACUCUUCCUCCUCCGUUCUAUAUCUAUGCCAUUUAUGAUAAUUAAUCUCCUCGCCCUAUUCAACAUACUACUCAAAAUCUUCGCUCGCGAUCUCCUACCGUUGUCCGCGCUCCGAAUUGUCGCUAUUGGUUUACCGAGUGGAUCUUUCUUGCUAUAUGGCUGUGCAGCGGUUAUCAUUUACAUUGAAUAUGGAUCUGCAGGGGACCGACAGGCGGAGGAUGGUACGCCCUUGUUGAGCGAUGAGGAAAUGCAACGUCGACAGCUUGCCCGACUGCUAGAGGAUCGACCUGCUCCGGCGCCGUCACCCGAUAUCGUUCACAGCACGUAUCGACUUGAAAUCCCCACCUUGGAGCCCGUCCAGAAAACCUGGACUCGAGAACCGAGCCUGUCAGCACCCUGGUAUCCCAAUUCCAAAUCUCAAUGGACUAGU